UUUCAGAUGGCUUAUGUGAAGAUGAGAUGGAUUUAUAUUUCCCUGGUGGUCCUGGGAGCCCUUUGUCUGUAUUUUAGCCUGGAUGGUCUGAGUCCUUUUAAAGGCGAACCGUUGGUUUUCAAGAACGAAGGUGGGAGCUUCCUUCAGCUCCCAGAUAUAGACUGCAGGCAGGACCCCCCCUUCCUUGUCCUGCUGGUUACUUCAUCCCACGAGCAGAUGUUUGCCCGCUCGGUCAUCCGGAGCACGUGGGGGAGAGAAAAGAUCGUGAGGGGAAAACGAAUAAAAACAUUCUUCCUCCUGGGAACCACCCCCAGUAAGGACAUGUCGAGGGCAGUGUCCCAGGAGAGCCAGCAAUAUCACGAUAUUAUCCAGAAGGACUUCAUGGAUGUUUAUUUCAAUCUGACUCUAAAGACCAUGAUGGGUAUGGAGUGGAUCUACCGCUUUUGUCCGCAGGCAUCUUUCGUGAUGAAAACAGACUCUGACAUGUUUGUCAACAUCUACUAUCUGACUGAACUGCUCCUGAAGAAAAAUAGAACAACUCGGUUUUUCACUGGCUUCUUAAAACUAAACGAAUACCCAAUCAGGAAAAGGUAUAAUAAGUGGUUUGUUAGUAAAUUCGAGUAUCCGUGGGACAAGUACCCGCCCUUUUGCUCCGGUGUUGGCUAUGUUUUCUCCAGCGAUGUGGCGGGCCAGGUGUACAACGUUGCUGAAAGUGUCCCGUUCAUUAAACUGGAAGAUGUCUUUGUGGGGCUCUGCCUGGAAAAACUGCAAAUCAAACUGGAGGAGCUUCACUCCAAGCAGACUUUCUUCCCCAAUGGGUUACCCUUCACCAUAUGCCGUUACAAGAAGAUCGUGGCCUGCCAUCAUAUCAAGCCUCACAAUAUCCUGCUGUAUUGGCAGGCUCUGGAAAGUUCCCUGGAAGAAGAUUGUCCAGAUAUCUGAAGGGAGCCCAGCAGAACAUCUGGACACACACCAGACAGCCCACGGUGAUGGUUUUUGAAAGAUCUUGGAUGGCACGGCUGAGACUCCUGGGGUAGGGAGGGAGUAAGGAAGGAAGAGGCCGAAGAGUGAGGGUGAUAUCCUGAAGGCUUCCCAAUCUAAACCUGAAUGCCACCGCUGACGAAUCCCCAUUUGGUGCCCCAAGCCAUAACAUAUACUCUCUCUUGAGCA